UAAAGCUGCUGGCUUUAUAGCUAUGCUUCCUGCCAUGGGUUUAUGGCCUGCUUAGAUGCGGAAGGGGAAGGGACAAGGUCUUCAGCUUGCUUGCUAACUUCGCCCAAGUAAGAUAAUGGAGAUGGAGGUCCAGGAGAAGCUUUAUCCUGCUCCGCUCCAUUCCCAUGAGGAGGUGGUGAGGGAUAGCGUGGGCUUCAUUGAGAGCCUGCGCCGGUUCCACUCCUCCAUGAGCACCAAGUUCAUGGUUCCUGUGAUCGGAGGGAAGGAGCUAGACCUGCAUCUCUUGUACGUGGAGGUGACUCAAAGAGGUGGCCUCGCGAAGGUGAUCGAAGAGAAGAGAUGGAGGGAAGUGAUUGCGGCAUUCAAGUUUCCACCCACCACCACCAGCGCUUCCUUCGUGCUGAGGAGGUACUACCUGAGCUUGCUCCACCACUACGAGCAGGUCUACUACUUCCGGAUCCAGGGGCCUCUGGUUCCCCCGGCAGCUUCUUCCCAAACCAGGGCAACUCCCAGCAAGCUUGACCACAGCGUCGUCGUCUCCGACUCCACCAUGCAGACCCCCAAAGCUCGUAAAAGAGCGCUUCCUGAGCCACAGAGCAAAGGGCCUUACAAUUUCACGGUUACGGGGUCGAUCGAUGGGAAGUUCGAGUAUGGAUAUAUGGUGACGGUGAAGAUAGGCGCCGAGACACUGCGAGGUGUGCUUUAUCGUGUCCAGCAAGAACAGCCUUCGGCAGGCUCUUCGUCCUCUUUGGCAGCAGCAGCAGCAGCAGCAGCAGCCGCCGACACUUCUCAUGCCGCUGACGUCGCCGCCGUAACAAGAACAAGGCGUAGGCGGAGGAGGGGGUGGAGGCGCCGCGACCCCGCCCACCCGAAACCAAACCGGAGCGCCUACAACUUCUUCUUCGCCGAGACGCACUCCAAGCUGAAAGCUCUCCACCCUCACAGGGAAAGAGAGUUCAGCAAGAUGAUCGGGGAGUCCUGGAGCAAGCUCAGCGAAGAGGAAAGAUUGGUAUAUCAAGAUUAUGGAUUGAAGGACAAGGAGAGAUACAAGAUGGAGAUGCAGGAAUACAAGGAGAGAUUGAAGCUUGCUCAGCCAAAGGAAGUGACGGUGGCAAGGGCUGUGCCAUCAUCAGAAGUUGUAACUGAAGAAGUGAAGGAAUCAGCUGAUGGGCAUUAAAUAUGUUAGACAAGCUUAAAAGAUGUAUGCAAUGAAUGCAUUUUAAGGUAGAUCAAGAUCCAUGUUUUGGUGAGAGGUUUCAUCUAAAGGUCAAGGAUGGUACCAAAAUCUAAGUCUUUGAAGAUUUAGCUAACUUGAGAGCUGCUUUUUCUAAGCUUCCUUGAAAGAUUAGUAGCAUUGGCUAGUAAAUCUUUAAGAUCUAUAUAAAUAUUCUCGAGGUAGAAGGGAGGAUCUCAAUUCACAGCUGA